UCCUCUUUGUGCGGCGAUGCUAGCAGCGCUAAACCAGAGAGCCGGGGAUGGACCUAGAAGAAGCUCUCCAAGUUGUCGGCGAGUUUGGACCCUACCAGAGGCGGGCGGUGGCUGUCCUGGUUCUGACCCAGGUGUACAUGGCCUGUCAGUCCAUGCUGAUUGUUCUGGUUGGAUUCACGCCCGAGUACCGCAUGGAGCAGCAGGACGGGGUCCCGUCCGGCCAGCAGGAGCUCCUCCAACGCGUCACCUUCACGGAGGACGUUGACUCCAUAGUGACGGAGUGGUUUCUCAUCAAGCAGCAGGCCUAUAAGGUCAGCCUCGCGGGGUCGCUGUUUUUCGCCGGGCUCCUGGUCGGGAACGUCGUCUUCGGGCCGCUCAGCGACAAGAUCGGGAGGAGACCGGUUUACCUGACAGGUCUGUUUUUUGAGGUGAUCUUCGGCUACGUGACCGCCAUGGCGCCCAGCUACGAGGUCUUCGCCGUGUCUCGUCUCCUCGUGGGGCUGAUGAACGGCGGCAUCGGCCUCGUCUGCUUCGUUCUCACUCAGGAGUACGUGGGCAAGUCCUACUGGGCCAUGACCGGGACGUUGACCAGCAUGAGUUUUGCCGUCGGCAUCGCGCUGUUUGCCGCUCUGGGGUACUUCGUGCGGCCGUGGAGGAACCUCGCCGCCGUGGCGAACUCGUCUGGUGUCCUGUUCUUCCUGAUGUCUGUAACUCUGCCAGAGUCUCCUCGCUGGCUGUAUUCUCAGGGUCGGACGGAGCAGGCUGAAGAGGUCCUGCGCUACAUUGCGCUGAGGAACGGCAACGCUGCGAACAACCUGAGGUUGAAACACGUUGGUGGCGCCAAAGCCGGUAACCGCGGCAACGGGGGGGCCGGUGUCCUGCAGCUGGUGAUCCACCCGGUCCUCCGGCUCAGGACGAUGGUGCUCAUGUAUGUCUGGUAUGCGUGCAGUCUGGUGUACUACGGUCUGACUCUGGGCGCCGGGGAGACGUCUGGCAGCCGCUAUGUCAACGUGGCCAUGUACGGCCUGGUGGAGCUGCCCGCCUACCCGCUCUGCAUAUACUUCAUCAACAAACACUGGGCGGGGAGGAGGAAGAGCAUGGCCAGCUUCCUGUGUCUGGCUGGCUCUGCCUGCUUCUGCACCAUGUUCAUCCCCGAAGGCACCGAGACGUUGCUGAGCGUCACGUCGUUCGCUCUUCUGGGAAAGCUGAUGGUCAGCGCGGCGUUCAACAUUGCCUACGUCUACACCUCUGAACUCUACCCGACGGUUGUGAGGAAUGCCGGUUUGGGAGUUUGCUCCAUGUCGUGCAGAGUUGGAGGAAUCCUCGCACCGUUUGUUCCCUCUAUGCGGGCUCUCCACACCUCCCUGCCUUUCACCGUGUUCUGUCUCAGCGGGCUGUCUGCGGGCUGCCUCGGCCUCCUGCUGCCCGAAACCCUCAACGGACCCGCGGCCGAGACUCUGGAGGAGCUGGGCAGCCCGAGCCGCGGCCGCGUGCUGGAGAGCAAGGCUCUUUUGUACAAAGACGACAAUAAGAAUUCGAACCGCCUGUGAGGCCGGCGCUGUCGGGUCUUCGUCAGCGGAGCAGCUCACGGCGGCGGCGCGGAAUGUCUUCACCAAGUUCCCUUUGAAACUGCUGCCUCAGGAAAUCUCCCCCUUUUUUGAUAAUCGACUUGAAGCACUAGUCACCGCGUUGAAGUCUGCGAACCACGACCUCUCGAAUGGGGCAGGGAAGAAGACGCCGACAAGCGCUUUGCCUUCGGGAAGAGGGCGUAAAUCCAGUGACCAGCAGCUCCUUCUCGUACGGAGGUUUACCGCGGUCGGCCUUCGGCCAUUUUAGUUAAUUCCCUGAACAUCGUCAUGGUCUUUGUGCCUUAUUUGGAGUUAGACGGCUGAGAAGGACCAAUACGUGACUUGCAUUACAUUCCAGAGGUGCCAGGAAGUCAAAGUAACAGUUUACUGCCCACUGAGGUGUGAUGGAAAUGAUCCGAAACCAAAACCCACUAUACAUUCCUACUUAAAGUGUAAGCCAGUGUCGUAGUCAAGACCACCUGAGUCCACCUGAGCCAGGUGGGUGUGUCUCUGUCGAGACCGAAACCAGAGACAAAGUGAAAAGCAGAACCAAUCGGGGCCAAACACACUUUGAAUAACGUGGAUCAUGCAAAGCAUCCUUGAUCCGACCUUCCCGUAUGUGAUGACUCAGGACAGGUGGAAACAUUAACUAUAUACUUUAUUUUUGCAACUUUCUUUCCUUUAUGUAAAGGCUCGGUGAUACGUGGGCCUUCAUGUUCCUAAUUGGUUGAUGUCUAAUGGGGUGGGGCUUAUUACUUUUACAUUUUCGAAUCCAUUAGUGUUAAAGGCUAUUUGUGCUUAAGCCGAAAAUAUAUAAAUAUUAUUAUUAAAGAUGCCUGAGUUGGCUACUCAUCUCAAAUGGCAAAUACAAAAGCAGUAAAAUGGUAGCUGAAGUUUGAAUGUUGUGAGCGACAAACUUAAGGAGCUCAACCUUUCAAGGCUGACGGUUUAUUACUUGAAUUCAUGGAGAAUCCCAUCCAGUAAUAAUGUUGAUGUGGUCUCACGUUUUAUCCAUAAAAAGACUCGCACACUUUUCUGUAUUAUGAGAAAGAAGCUUUGUGUAGGAAAAGGUGCCAAAGGAGUGAUAAGUUGAAUCGUGUUUAUUAUUAUUAUUAUUAUUAUGCUACCAAAGUGCGUGAAACAAGGUAGACUUUAGACUAACAACAAAGAUCAUGCAGUUAUUAAUCAAACCACAACUCUGGUAACAAAAGCUAAAGUCAUAUUUUUGUUGAUGUCAUCACUGCCCUGCGUGCCUUCUUCUGUAGCCGUGACCUCUGAAAUGUUAAUAACCUGUAAGAUAUUAUGGAGAUGUAAAUAUAAAUGUAGGUUAUAUUAGUUGUAUCAGAUGUUGAUAUGAAUGCCAUCAUUUUGUAUUGUAUUUGUAUACUUUCAUACUCUUACAACGUGUACUUUGUAGAUUUAAUGUCUCUGGGGUCCUUAAAAUGUAAAAUGAUCUAUUUAUGUUAUGAACAGUAAAUGGAGCCUUCCUUCACUCUCGUGACUCUGCACAUG